CGCUCGUCUCUUUAACUUGGUUCCCCACGACAUCCCACUCUUGUUCCAAGCUACAAAGAAUCAUGUCACUGCGCGGACUCCAGGAAUUGCCCGUCGAGCUACUGCAACACGUUAUAUCCCAUUUCCCAAACAAUAAUAGCAACAAUCGAAAAACGCUACGUAACCUUUGCUUAAGCUCACACAAGCUCCGAGAUCUAGCACAGCCAUUCCUUUUCGCCCGUUUUAAGCCAUUUAUGCCUAAUACUCAACCGGACGAUGAGCGGUAUCUCGAAUCCUCCCAUCACCAGUUGGUAGGAUUUCUUCGCACGAUCGUCCAACGCCCUGACCUUGCUCUCAAAGUAGAGUCCUUAGAUCUUGUCUUAUCCUAUCCAGCAGUCAACCCUCAUGAUGUUAGCGGAAUGCAAAAAGUCGGCUGCACAAUGCAAGACUCAACCUUUUCACUAGAUCGAAAGGACGAGGAGCUCUUCUGCGAUGCCACCCCGGGGUCCGUCAAGACUAUUCCUGAGUGGCAGACACGCAUUCAGCAAGGAGCUUAUCGUACCUUGCUUUUGAUUCUCCUAUCGCACCUUCCCAAUCUCAAAGCCAUUGCCCUUCCGGUGGCAUUUACGUACAAUCGGACAGAUGGACCACCUGAUCAAAUCCAGCACAUGGAAGGUGAGCAGCUUCGUCGCCUUUUCCCGGCACUACAGGAUAUUCACAUCACAUGUCAAUGGUCGGAUGGUACUUUGAAUAUCGCCAACUUCACAGAAGUUCUAGGGCUUCCAACUCUACGAACAUUUAGAAUCACAGAUUGCAUUGCCUACUUUGAGACCGGUACCUACACGAACCCUCUACGGUCACCCCCCAAUUCCUGGAAUGUAGCACACAUUUUCCUAAAGAGCUGUUCCAUGGGUGCGGCGUGUCUUGUGGUGUUUUUGAAUGCCUUUCAUUGCCUGAAGACAUUCGAGUACGAAGCCGCGCCACUCGACGAUUUCCACGAAGAGCCUUUCAAACCAGGUGACGUCACUCCUGCUCUGCAAUGCCAGAUUUUGUCCCUGGAACGCCUCUCACUUGACCUGGCUGCCCUUGCUUUUGACGAGUUUGAAGACGAUGGUGAGAGCCUUGAAUUUCCAAGUGUCUAUAACCAUCUUACCAUUGGGCCUAUGGACUCAUUUUGCCGCCUUCGACAUGUUAGAAUUGAUGUUGAUCUCCUUGGAGGUGUCAGAAAGCUUCCGCGUUCACUCGUGACGCUCAUUCUCACCAACUGGGUCCAGCGCUCAUCCGGAUAUUUGGAUCAGUUGCUGAACCUGAAGGAUACAUUCCCCCAGAUACGAUACGUCUUCGUAGGUGGUAUGCUGUCUUUUGAAGAUGCCUUGGAGUGGGGUCGGGAUCAUGGCGGUAUCGUCCGCCAGUUUUUGGGAGCUUCUCAGCUCUUGGUGGUUCCUGGACUACCUUAUCAACUUUGCCUGUGUUCGCAUAGGCAGUAUUUUCAUUUGUUCAAUGAGGACGACAUCGAAGAGGUUGGCUCCAAGUCUCCCUUUAAUUCGAGCAUAACUGACCAUUAUUAA